UGACAGAUUUGAUAUCACUACGUUGUGUAAUAAUAGUAUGCCUAUCGGUUUGUGUUUUGAAGGAUGCAGAACAGUGACAAUGCUGUGAGGCGCCGACGUCAGAGAUCUAGGGUACAGGGUGGAUGGGCUUCAUAUCCCACCCCUACCACCUCCACACCACCCCUGCCCCACCCUACCCCUCACACCCAGAGACCCACACAUCCCGCACCCUUCAAACACCAGCCCAGAGAUGGAGAGAAACAACGUCCCCAACCUACUGCUUCAAGUCAGGGCCACAGUUGCCAGUUGCCAAACUCCCCUCCCCAGACAGCUGAUGGACAAGGCUUGCCACGCCCGCAGGCCCACCCUGAGCUGGCUUCUCACACCGCCCUACAGUGCCCUGCUCAACCACCGCCCUCCACAUCACAGUGGCAACAUAUACAGAAAGGUAUGGUAUCCCAAGUUCCGAGGAGCUUCUCCUGGGUGGAGGAGGGACUGCUAUGUGGCCUCGCCUUCCCUGACCGCCCCCAGCAGAUACAGUACCUGCUGGAGCGCAAUGUCCACCACUUGGUCAACCUCACCCAGGACAGGGUCACGCCCACACACAGCUUCCCAGAUCUGAGAGUUGUAAGAAUCAGCAUCCACGACUUCACAGCCCCGACCCUGGACCAGAUCAAGCAGUUCCUGGAGGUGGUCCAUCAGGCCAAGCAGAAGCAGGAGGUCGCUGCUGUUGUCCAAGCCGAUGCUGCUGUGUGGGUGACACUGUGUGCGUGCUACUUCAUCGACUUCCAUAACAUGUCCACUGUGAAGGCCGCAGCCCAUGCCUGCAGUGUGCUGAAGGAGUCCCCCCUCUCGCGGGAGAUGAUGGACGUUGUGGAAGAAUUUCAAUCGGCAAAGUCAGGGAUUCCCUGGAAGUUUUCAUGGGUUGUGAAGGACCUACUGUGCGCAUUAGCGUUCCCAGGAAGUAAAGCAGAUCUUAACUACCUCGUCAACAACAACAUUGCCUACCUCGUCAGCCUGACCCAGGAGCGCGACCCUGAUGUCGACAACUACCCAGACUUGAUGAAGGUGGACCUGAAAAUGGCUGCAUCCUCCACCCCGGACAUGGAGCAGGUCGUUGAAUUCCUCACUCUGGUGGACCUGGCAGAGGCAGAGAAAAAGGCAGUAGCUGUUCACUGCUCUGAUGGCCUCGGCAGGACGGGUGCCAUGUUGGCAUGUUACUUUGUCCAGAGACAGGUCAUGACAGCAGCAGAAGCUGUUGACAGAGUCCGUGAACUUCGACCUGGAUCACUGGGGUCAAGGUCACAGGAAGUUCUGGUGGCAGAGUAUGAAACUUACAGGAGAAAGGUGCCCCGGAGGUUCUCGUGGUUGGUCAGGGGCAGGCUGUGUGCUCUGGCCUUCCCAGAAGAAAGGGAGCACCUGCAGUACCUGGUGGACCAUGGCGUGGGCUACCUGGUGUGUCUGACCGAGGAGCGGGACCCGGACACAGAGGGACUCACAGGGCUGGAAAAGGUGAACAUCAAGAUGAAGGACUUCUCGAGCCCCGACCAGCACCAGGUGAACAAGUUCCUCUCUCUCAUGGAGCGUGCAGCACAGCAACACAAGGGGGUGGCGCUGCACUGUGCAGGUGGGCGGGGCAGGACGGGCACACUGAUUGCAUGUUACCUGGUGAAGGAGGAGGGUCUGUCGGCCGCAGCAGCCCUGCGGAGAACCCGUGACCUGAGACCCGGGUCAGUCGAGACCAAGGACCAGGAACAGGUCAUCUAUGACUUUGAGAAGACAAUCAGACAGAUGCCGGACAACUUCUCAUGGGUUGUGGAUGGCCUACUGUGUACCCUGGCAUUCCCCGAGACCCGACAGAACCUUCGCUACCUCCUGGACAACAAUGUGGCAUACCUGGUGUCCCUGACUGCUGAACGUGACCCCCCCGUCACACAAUGUCCAGAAUUGGAGCUUGUGUCGCUAAAGAUCCAAGACUUCAGUCCGCCCACAAUGGAACAGGUGGAGGAGUUUCUUGACAUCCUCCACAAGGCAGGGACGAGGAAGAAGGCAGUUGCUCUCCACUGUGCUCAAGGUCAAGGUCGAACUGGGACAAUGAUUGCAUGUUACCUGGUCAAAGUUCAAAGGUUAAGUGCUGCAGAAGCCAUACAGAAAACCCGGUGGUUGAGGAGAGGCUCGAUAGAGACAAGUGAACAGGAGAGGAUGGUUCAUGACUAUAAACAACAUCUGAUUGACAGUGGACAGUUCCACGUAGUUUGCUAGCACUAGUACAACUGUCCUCAGUAUAGUCUGUAUGUCAUGACAUGUCGUAUGUUGUUGUAGAGGACUGAAGUAGUGAUAAGUUGAAGAAAUCAAAUUCUGUAUGUCAAUAAGUGUCAUGUCUUGUGAUGUCCACGUGAUGUAUGUGUGCCUUCACUGGUGUACAUCGUCUCCCCGGGGCAAGGGAGAUAACUGACCAUAAAAGUCCAGUUUCCACCCUUGCCGAACUAGGCUGGAAUUCUAGAGUUACACUUUGGCUGGACUAACGAGUCUAUGCAUGGUCCAAUCAAAUUGGAGCUAGACAUCCGGAUGUAAACAACAUGGAUUUCAACAUGUAGACUCGGUCGACUGCAGGAUUUGCAAUGCAUGUGUACCGCCAACUGGAAAUCAACAGAUAUUUUGCAAAUCUUUUCAUGUUUUCAAUCUAGGUGUUCAAGUGAUUUGAUGUAUUUCGUGACAUAAGACCAAAUUUUAUUACAACAUAGAUCAUGAUUAUCGAUUGCUGCCAUUUUGUUUGAAACAAAUGCAAGUGAUAUGAGAGAUGGAAUCUGAUUGUCAGUAAGAGGGAUAUAGAAGGGACAUAACUUGUAAUAGCUACGGGUGACGCUAUGAUCGAGCCCAGAAAUUCCAGCCUAGUUUCGACAAGGAUGGAAAGUGGACUUUUAUGGUCAGUUAACGCCCUUGCCUCAGGAAGAUGGGUGAAAAUGUGCCUUCAGUUAUGUACAUGUGCCUUCAGACACCAAGUCAGUGAUGCUGUUGAUAUGGGUAUCAUUGUUAUGGAAUGUUGCAAUCGAAAUAUACUUUUGUUGAAAGAGGAAAGUUUGUGAGCUUUGUGUACAUGUAGACCUACAUUCCACAUAUAUCUCUGAAGAUAUUACUGGUGUUGUGUGCCUUGAGAUCAUGUGCUGUCUUGUAGCAAGUAGCUGCAAUAAUAUUGACACUCACCCAUAAUGGUGUGACAUUGACUGCUGAACGUGAAUUCUUCUUGUUAUGCUUUUACUGUUUCUGUUAAUAUAUGUUUCUGUAUCAUUUUCCUAAAGAAUGUCAAGUACCUUGGCAGAGAUUUAGAUGAUGGGUUUUGUUUGUUUGGUUAAAACUCGCAGCACUCAGCAGUAUUCCAACUUUAUGAAAAUGCUAGUGAGUGAGUGAGUUGGGUUUAA